UACAUUUUGUGAUGCUGACAGGUGCUUGUUUUUUCAUUAUUGAAAUCUUCUUUAAAGUUUUGGGACUUAAUACUUUUGGCAUUUAUUGCAAAUUCUCCUAUCAAAGAUUUCAAUACACUUUGUGGAAUCUGACCUGUCAUGAAAUCUCCAGGAGCUUGACAAUUUCUCUGGUAGAUAACAACCUCACUUAAAAUGGCUGACAAGGAAGAAAGGAAAGUGGUUGAUGAAAAAAGAUUUGCCAUUUUCAGUAAAGAUACUAUUAGAUUAAUUGCUGAUUCAGUUGGUAUUACAGAAAUAACAGAUCAGGCAGCCACACUUCUUGGUGAGGAUGCAAGCUACAGGCUUAGGGAAGCAACACAGAAUAGUUCACAGUAUAUGAAACAUGCUAAGAGGAAGAAGCUUAUGACAGAUGAUUUUAACAAAGCAUUGAGGAAAAGUGAUGUUCAGCCUGUUUAUGGUCACAGACCAGUGGAUCCAGAACAAGUGUGGACAUAUCAACAGACAAAAGAUGGACAGAUUAUGUUUUUAGAUGAAGCUGAUAUAAAUCUAGAGGAUAUUGCAUUAGAUAAUAAUAUUCCAAGUAAUCCUGGAACUGUGUCAAUUAAAGCUCACUGGUUGGCUGUAGAAGGAUCGUCAAAAUCACAAACAUCACAAGGGGUAUCAUCAGGAAAACCUGUUGAGAAAAAGUUAUCAGCAGAGAUGCAGACCUACUUUGAUCGAAUUACAAAUUCAAUACUCAGCAAGGAUGAAGAAUUGAUGAAGUUAGCGUUUACUGAUCUUAGAACAAAUGCACAGAUUAUACCACUUCUGCCAUAUUUUGUUAGUUUUAUAUCAAAUGGGGUAAAAACAGUGAGUCAUGACCUGAAACAGCUUACAAAACUGUUACAUACAGUUAGAGCAUUACUGAACAACACAUCACUGUAUCUAGAACCUCAGCCUUAUUUGAACCUCCUGGUACAGUCAUUAAUGUAUUGUUUACUGGAGCCCCUGACAGCCUCUAUAGAUCUCAAGAAUGAUCAUUGGGUUCUAAGAGAUUAUGUAGCUAGGCUUUUAGCUCAGAUUUUAUUUUCUUGGUCCACACCUAUAAACCACCUGAUGUACAACACAGUAAAAACUCUUAAAGAAGUGUUAUAUGACAACAAUAAACCAUUGUGUAGCCAUUAUGGAGCUGUCAUUGGUAUAAUGAUGUUGGACCAAAAGCAUAUCCAAGAGAUUUUGAUUCCCCACCUACCAGUUUAUAUGCCAUAUUUAAACAGUAUUAUUGAUGAUACAUCAAGAGCUAAUGCUGUAACUAAGUCUGAUGCUCACAAGGUUUAUGGUGCAGUUUUGUAUUGUGUGGAGUACUUACUGAAAAGUCAGAUUAAAGAAUUUGAAGAUGAAAUAUCCAAAGAAAAAGAAAGCAGUGCAUUAGCAACAGCUUCUGAUCCUGAAGAAAACAAAUCUGAACAGAAAGUGAAUUCACAAACAUUACCCAACCCUUUUGGUACCUCAGUUACAAAAUUCUAUUCAGAAAUGUAUGAUUACUUUGGCGAUAGUCUGACAUUACAGUUGCCUAAUUUGGCAGAAACUAUUGAUUUUAAGAAAAGUGUUUUUAAACCCUCAAAGAAGGAUGAAUUAAUUUCACUAGCAGAUCCCGAGGCAGCUAAAACUGGGGAGGAAUUAUUAGAUGAGUUCAUGGAACAAGUACGUGUACAAGAAGAAAUUAGAAAAGCACAACUAGAAAGAGAAAAAUUAGAAAAAAUAAGAAUUGCAAGAGAAAAACAAGAGCAGGAAGAGAGAAAUAGAAUGUUAAGGGAAAAGGAAGAAAAAAGAAGACAGGAAAGAAUAAGAGCCGAUUUAGAGAGGGAAUUAAUAUUAAAACGGAAAGAAGAGGAGGAAAGACUAAGAAUGUUAAAAUUACAAGAAGAGCAAAGAUUAAUAAAAUUGAAAGAACAAGAAGAAAAAAGAAAAGUAAUGAAAGAACAAGAGGAUAAAAAAUUAAGAACAAUGAAAGAAGAAGAAAAAAGAAGAGUAAUAAAAGAGCACGAAGAGAAAAAAUUAAGAACAAUGAAAGAAGAAGAGAAAAGAAAAGUACAGGAGGAACAAAGAUUAAAAUUGAUGAAAGAACAAGAAGAACAAAGGUUAAGAUUGAUAAAAGAACAGGAGCAAAAAGCUCAGAGGAAAGAUUUGACCGUGUUAAAUAGUUCAAAUAGUGAGGAUGAAGACACUGUGCCUUCUUUUCUUGAUUCACCUAGUGAUCAAUCUUUUGUAAAAAGUGAACCUACGCAAGGGAUAAAGCUAAAGAUAACAAGAGGACCAAAUAAAAAUCUGCAUGUAAAAACAGUGGAGACUAUGUCUCCUCCACAAAGAAAUUCUCCGAAUCCAAAACAUGCAAAUUCACCUCUUUAUAAACAUUCACCAAAAAGUUCAUCGCCAUUAUACAAAAGUUCUCCAAAAUCACAUAAAUCAGAGUUGUCUCCCCAUUAUAAACAUUCUCCAAAACAUUCACAUUCAUCAAAAUCUAAAGAUUCCAAAGAAUCUAAAGAUUCUAAACACAGUAAAAAGAAGAAACAGGUUGCUAAAUCUGCAGCUAAAGUCUAUGAUGAAUUUGAAUUUGAAUCAGAUCCAGAAGAUUUUAAACCAUUGCCAUUUAAAAAAUCUCAUUAUUAUUCGUCAGAAGGUGAGAGUUCAGACGGUGCUGGUAAUCGUAAACCUUUGACUUUGAAAAUUAAGAUGAAAGAGGCUAAAUCACCAGAGUAAUAUAGUUAUAAUAAAUUUUUAUACAUUU